AAUCUAGUUCAACCAUAAAUAGCUGUUCAAUUUCACUGGAUUGACUUGUAAAAAGAAAACAUGAACAUGAAACUUAGCCUUUUUGUAAUUUUGUUUAUACUCUGUAUUAUGUGUAUUAUAAUGAUAAUUUCUAAUCAAUGGGUCUCUGGGGAAAAAUUGACAACUGUAGCUAAAGCAGAUGUAUCAGCGUUUUCUGACAAUGAUGCGACAACUGUAGCUGAAGAAGAUGGAACAGAGAUUUCUGAAUUUGAUGUGGAAUCUGCAGUUAAAGAUGGUGCAAAAGCGUAUAAAUUAACACCAUUCUCACUCAACAAUAGAAACGACAGUCACAUGAAAACUUUUUCAACACUGGAUGAAGCUCUAGAGAAUUGCAUGGUUAUUCUGCUUUUUAAUAUUGACCAAGCAAUCGACGAGUUUGAACUCUACAUGUGUACAGGUUACUCAGAUUACAAUUCGGACUGCCUAACAAGUGCUCACUAUGCAUGUGUUCAGCAAAAUGAGCAAGGUCAAUUCUCCUGCAGGACAGAACUACCAAUAGAUUAUUACGAUAUGCCAUUCAAUAGUUGUUAUAACUUCUAACAAUUAAAAUAACAUUAUUAAAUACUUAUUAACACAAAGUAUGUUAACAAAGUUUAAUAAAAUUACAAACCAAAUAUAAAAAUAGAAAAAAAAUUUAUUGUCUCAUGUUAAAAAUAGGCAUAACUUUUAAAUGUGAAAUUUAACUGCUUUAAAAUUCAAAAGAAAAUAAAUAUGCACAAUUUGAAAAAGAAAA